CCCGAGCCGGCGAGAUCGCCCUCCAUGCUGCGGGCUCUGCGGUCGCCUUCCGCUCAGCCCUUGGCCCAAGCCCAGCCCCGCGAGCCCAGCAAGCGGGUGAAACAGCGGAGGGGAGGAGGACUCGGACAAGAGGAGGGGCGCGGCGGGCUGGGGCGAGCCGGGCUCUAAGCAAGGGGCGCCGGCAGCCCGGCUCUUUCGCUCGCUCUCUGCUCCAGCCGCUGCUGGGGGUUCCAGGCAGCGCGAUGCCGCUGUGCUCCUUCUAGGCGGCGGCCAGCAGAGGCUUCCUGCAGCCUCUCGGCCCACGCCGGCCCCCGUUCCACCGGCAAGUCCCCUGUCUAUCCCAGAGGACGCGCCCGGACGCUCGAGCCGAAGCGAGCGCGAAGUCCGAAGUCCACCCCCAGCGCUGCCAACUUCCCCGGGAGCCCCUCUCCCCACUGCAGCCUGCGCCAGCCCUGGGAGCGAUGCGCCCCCAGCCGGGCGGCGCGCCCUCUGCCAACUCGCCACCCAUGGGAUCGACUGCCCUCGGCUGCCCCGCUUGGAGCGCGUAGCCUUAGCCUCGUGGCCCAGGAGACGAGCGAGACACCCAGGCGUUUCACGGAUUCCACGCGCGCCAGUCUGCUGGGGUCCCCUCCGGGGGCAGCGUUCAUACCCCGGGACGUGGAAGAAACCUCCGUCCUCAGAAGGCAGUACUGGAACCUGUGUGGAAGUUAAGAAAACUGUCCCCUUGGUGGUGGCCUGAGGAGAUUAUCUCAACCCCAAUGUUGCCCUGAAAUUUGUAUUCAAGAUUCAAGAAGAUUAGGACUGCUAAGAUGCCUCAGGAACAGUACACACACCACCGGAGCACCAUGCCCAGCUCCGAGGGGCCACAGGUAUACAAGGUGGGCAUUUAUGGCUGGCGGAAAAGAUGCCUGUAUUUCUUCGUCCUGCUCCUGAUGAUUUUAAUACUGGUGAACUUGGCCAUGACCAUCUGGAUUCUCAAAGUCAUGAACUUCACAAUUGAUGGAAUGGGGAAUUUGAGAAUCACAGACAAAGGUCUAAAACUAGAAGGAGACUCCGAAUUCUUGCAACCUCUCUACGCCAAAGAAAUCCAGUCCCGACCAGGUAAUGCCCUGUACUUCAAAUCAGCCAGAAAUGUUACAGUGAACAUUCUCAAUGACCAGACUAAAGUGCUAACUCAGCUCAUCACAGGUCCAAAAGCCGUAGAAGCUUAUGGCAAAAAGUUUGAAGUAAAGACAGUUUCUGGAAAAUUGCUCUUCUCUGCAGAUAACAACGAAGUGGUGGUAGGAGCUGAAAGAUUAAGAGUUUUAGGAGCCGAGGGCACAGUGUUCCCUAAAUCUAUAGAGACACCUAAUGUCAGGGCAGACCCCUUCAAGGAACUAAGGUUGGAGUCCCCGACCCGGUCUCUGGUGAUGGAGGCCCCCAAAGGAGUGGAAAUUAAUGCAGAAGCCGGCAAUAUGGAAGCCACCUGCAGAACCGAGCUGAGGUUGGAGUCCAAAGACGGAGAGAUUAAGUUAGAUGCUGCGAAAAUCCAACUACCUAGACUGCCUCACGGAUCCUACACACCUACAGGAACGAGGCAGAAGGUCUUCGAGAUCUGCGUCUGCGCCAAUGGGAGAUUAUUCCUGUCCCAGGCAGGAGCUGGUUCCACUUGUCAGAUAAACACAAGUGUCUGCCUUUGAGAGACCAUCCAUAGUGGACGUUGUCGGCAGCAGAAAGGCCAUUUUUGGCUUUAGACCCUGGCUGCCAGCUAUUUUUAUUAGAACACAGAAAGCCUAUCAAAGACCUUGUGCGUGUGUGUGUGCGUGUGUGCGUGCGUGCGUGUGUAUGCGUGUGGGUGGAUAUAAAUAUAUAUAAAUAUAUAUAAAUAAAUAUAUAUAUCCUCUGUAUAAAAUGAGGUUUCAGUACAAAAGGAACCAUGGGUGACCCUGUGAUACACCGUCAUUUCCAUGUCAACCCCACCACCUACAUGAUAAGAUCAAAAACACUGAUGCAGGCCCAACAUUCCUCACACCCUUCCAAAUCACACAGUAUAUCAGACACUUAACCGAAUAUUCACCAACAUGUUUGAGGAGCCACGUGUCUUCCCUUUUAGUGUCAUUACAGGGCAGUGAUGGCGGGAAUCUCCAAGUCACGCUCGAGCAGUGAGACCCUUGUAUUGAAAUAGACAUUUCGUUUCCAUUUUUAGCUUUAGGAAGGCUGGCCCACAUCCCCCUUUUCAAGCGAGGGAUGGGGCAGUGCCACAGAAGUCAGCUGCAGGAACACAAAAGGCCUGUUCUCCCUUCACGGCCAAACGUACUGGGGCUUUUGUAGUUGCAUGAAUGUGGAGGAUGAGUUUCAGUGAAGUUUAAACUGCUCACCCAACUCCUGCUAGCCUCCUUCAAAUAUCAUGUAUUAUCCCACAGUCAAAAUAGGAGUUGUAACUCAGCACAAAAUAGGAUAACAGCGGCUCCUCAGUCGGCUGGAAGCGACUCCGUGGCCUGACGGGCAAAGAAUACGUGGGUGGUGUGUCUCUGUUUAAAGGACAAAAUGGCUCCAAGUCUGCUUCAUCCUCACUUCUGACUUUAUCCAGCAGACUCCAGCCCCAAGUGAUCGGGUCCAUCAAAACCGUUAAGAAAGGAACCCCUACCUGAAGAGAAGCCAUUGAGGGACAGAAACCUAAUUAAGAACAGCAUAGAAAACCUAAUUAAUUUUUCUAUGUAUCCUGGGAUUGGUAGGUAAUUUGGAGACUCGCCUUUUCUUUCUAAAGGCAUGCACAAACUCUGGCUUCCAUCUUCUUCUAUAUAUGUUUGUUGGGCUAUUCAUACUCCUAAGGUCACCGUUAUGUUUUCUCCAAGAAUAGUGACCCAAGAAUCACAGAUCUGAAAUGCAUGCCCCCAGAAAUGGUCAUUGGAAAUUAAUAUAAACUGAGUCACACGUCUCUCUCGGGCUCACUGUGUUCCCACGGCCCAGCAGCAUCAUGACUUGAUACGUGGACGCGGCUCCCCGGUUCCCGCCAUCAGCUACCUCUCACCCCUCCACCUUCAUCUUCGUGCUCCAGGGUCACCCUGGCCAGCUCUUGUGCUGGGACAGGGGAUUACACCAUCUCUGUUCAAAGAGGGGGAAAUGUGCCUAUGCCUUAAGUCAAUGCACUCAGCAAGGAGAAGCACAUCCUGUUUAUCUUAUUGUUACAACUGUAGUUUAUUUUGGGUGAUUGGAGGGGAAUGGUUCAGCCAUGAGUGGGCCUCUUAAAAGCUGGUAGACUAACCAAGUGGCUGACAGAAGUGGCCUCUCCGGAGCCCAAAUGGAGUCAUAACUGGCUUAGACGGUCCCGGACGCCAUUUGCCAAGCAGCGGCCCCACGACCCUAAAUGAGGUUGUAUUUGUAGGCCCGAAUGACAUUUGUGUUUUCUUCAAGGUUUUAAUUUUUCUUACUUCACAAGCGGGGGGAGAUUUGUCAUUGGAAAUGAAUAACAGAUUUGAUAUUUUUGAGAGGACACUCCAGCAUCAGGCUGAGGUUUGCAUACAAAGGAUAUAAAAGUAAGCUGUGUGUUGCUUAGUCACUUAGGAGCGGGUGGGGGCCAAAAUGGGGGAGGGGGGGUCCUAGCCUGACCAGCAGCCCUGCUGGCUUCCAGACCCUAUAUUCCCUCCAGUCACUCCUCCUCCGUAACCCAUGUAGAAGAAUUGAGUUGUUCAAGGGCAACAACUGCUACUUAGUUUGUAGCAGUAGAGGCUAAAAAGGAAAACCCUAAGAAGGUGCCAAGUUGCUUUGGAUUGGCAUUAUUUUUAUCCUGUAGGAUCCCACUGCUAGCAUCUGCCUAUAUUACAUACAGGGUUUUGCCAAAUAGGAGAGCCGCCCUCCACCCCCCGCUUGGCUACGAGGAACAUCUUCCCCAUGUCAUUCAGACAAACAAUAGUAGCAGUGAGGCCCUCUGUGGCUAAAUACCUUAACAAAAAAUGUUUUUGAGCAGACAGACCAUCUUUGU